CCUCUAAAAAUGCCGGUUGAUGUGCUUGGGUUUGCUUACGCUGCCACGGUGGCCGCCGGUGGUAUCGUCGGGUACGCAAAAGCAGGUUCAGUCCCUUCGCUAGCAGCCGGUCUUACGUUCGGUGCACUGCUCGGGUAUGGUGCGAUGCUGUCGUCGGAUGAACCGCCACGACCUCUGCUCCAGAUCGGUACGGCACUGGUGCUGGCCGGUAUGAUGGGUUCGCGGUGGGCCCGAUCGGGCAAGUUCAUGCCGCCGGGCCUGAUCUGUGUGAUCUCUUGUGCAAUGCUGGCCCGUGGUCUUAUCUACCACAACCGUUAUCUACCGAUGAUUGGUGCGAAGCAUGACUAAGACGAUAGCUACGGUGGGCGGGC